AUGACCCACAAUCUGCCUCUCAAUACGACCUGGGAGAGCGUGAACACAUCCGAUUCCUCAAGAUUGCAGGAAAAUGCUCUGACCCACCAGAACGUCACCUACGUGGACUUCUACCUCCACAAGCCCUCUGUGGCUGCCGUCUUCACCAUCUCCUACCUGCUGAUCUUUGUGGCGUGCAUGGUCGGCAACGGGGUGGUGUGCUUCAUUGUGUUGCGCAGUAAAAACAUGCGCACGGUCACCAACCUGUUCAUCCUCAACCUCGCCAUCAGUGACCUGCUGGUUGGCAUCUUCUGCAUGCCAACCACUCUGGUGGACAACAUCAUAACAGGAUGGCCAUUUGGCAGGGUAGUGUGUAAACUGAGUGGUAUGGUUCAAGGGAUUUCUGUGUCAGCAUCUGUGUUCACUCUCGUGGCGAUAGCUGUUGACAGGUUCCGCUGCAUUGUCUACCCUUUCAAGCAGAAGCUGACCAUCACCACCUCCAAGCUAAUUAUUGUCAUCAUAUGGGUCCUGGCUGUGUCCAUCAUGUGUCCCUCCGGGGUCAUGCUCCAGGUCACAAAGGAGCAGAGGGUGCGGAUAGUCCUCGGUCGCAACAAUGAUACUCGCCCCUUCUACUGGUGCCGGGAAAAUUGGCCCAAUCAGGAGAUGCGGAAAAUCUACACCACCGUCCUCUUCGCCAACAUCUUCCUUGCCCCUCUCAGCCUUAUUGUCAUCAUGUACGCCCGCAUCGGCUUCACCCUCUUUAAGACCACAAUACCUCAGAUGAGGGUCGGCGGAAUUGUGCCUGGUGAAGGGAGCGGCAACAACAAACUAAACAUGGAAAGUCGUCACAUAAUUUCAAGGAAAAAGAAGAGGGCGAUCAUGAUGCUGCUGGUUGUGGCUCUGCUCUUCGUAAUUUCCUGGCUGCCCUUGUGGACGCUCAUGAUGCUGAGCGACUACGCCAGCCUCACGGAGCACCAGUAUCGCGUCAUCAACAUCUACGUGUAUCCCUUGGCUCACUGGCUGGCCUUCUUCAACAGCAGCAUCAACCCCAUCAUCUACGGGUUCUUCAACGAGAACUUCCGCAGGGGCUUUCAGGCGGCUUUCAAGUUCCAGCUGUGCUCUGCUGAAAUACAGCACCAGAGAACGUACUCCCAUCGGAUAAGAGGGAACGCUGUGCUCCCCGUCCAGGCUGCCAUACUCAGCAGAUCAGGCUCGAAAGUGGGAUCGGUGUUGGUGGGGAAUGGGAAGUGCUCAUGUCAGGAAGAGGGGCGUUUGUCUGGUAGACAUGAUGUUAAUGAACAGGACCUGAUCAUUGAAGAUCUGGAAAAGGUGUCCCAUAUUUAG